AUGCAAAUCCCACAACUUCAGGAAGUACCCAGCUCCUAUAGUAUUCAUGAUUCUCAGCAGAUGGUGUGGGUCCUGGCUGGAAAUUCUUUAAUAGCAGUUCCUUCUAGCAGCAAAGUCAAGCCCGUCAUGCUUGACUUAAUAGCAUGUAGAGACACAGAAUUCCAAGAUGAAGCACAAGGCAAUCUGGUUUUCCUGGGAAUCAAGGGCAAAAGUCUCUCUCUCUUCUGCGAAGAAACUCAGGGCCAGCCUACUUUGCAGCUUAAGGAGAUCAACAUCCAGGACCUGUACAAGAACAAAGCACAGAAGCCCUUUCUCUUUUUCCACGCUAUAGAGGGCUCUACUGCUGUUUUUCAGUCUGUCGCCUAUCCUGGCUGGUUCAUAGGCAACUCCACUGUGGCAAGACAGCCCAUCAUUCUCACCCAGGAGAGAGGUGGAACUAACAACACUAACUUCUAUAUACUCUCUGAGAAUUAA